AUGGUUUUCGUCGAGAGAUCCACACUCGUCCGCCCAGCGUCAACAGUCCUCAAUGGAUUCGGUUUCGGCAACAACACCAAAACGCUGCUGUGCAUCUUCAGCCACAUGUACCAGGAGUUUCCAUACCGGAACCGCCUCCUCUUCUUCAGGCCGCCUUCGCAACCGUUUUCGAAGAUCAUCACCCACAUGAAACAGUCUUUGGCGGCGGCGCUGUCCGAGUUCUACCCUGUCGCUGGCAGGAUCUCCGUCCGCAAGGACAUGCGAAUGCAGCUCGAAUGCAACAAUCACGGCGUCAUGUUCAGCGAGGCGUCGUGCGAUCGCCCACUUCCCGAAGGCGACAAGUUUGAUCUGGACCCCGAGUUCCUGCUGGAGCUGUCUCAAGCUCCUGGGCACGAGAAGGAUCUCAAGUGGCCGUGGCCGGAAGAUGCUCCACUCCUUUUCAUCCAGGUGACCGAGUUUUCGUGCGGAGGCGUCUGCGUGGCGAUGAAGUACAGCCACGAGCUCAUGGAUGGUACAAGUUUCUGGCACUUUAUUCAAUCCUGGGCGGAGAUCUCUUGUGGAAAACCAAUCUCCCAGCCUCCUUAUGUGGUUCUAUUCCCGAUUGGAAUCCCACCUAGCGAUGCUCCUCCUCCACCAGUUCCCAGCGGAGGAAUGCUCACUCUACUCGAUCGAAAUGCGCCGGAUCCGGGGCUUUUCGGCUACAAGUCCUUCCCGAGAACUCGGAGGUUCCGAUUCGGGAAGCUGAAGAUCCAGGCUCUCAAUCAGAGAAACCCCGAGUACUCCACAUUCCAGCUCCUAUCAUCGCACAUCUGGUGGAAAGUUUGCUUAGCUCGCGGCUUGGGCGACAAAGACACCACCAAGCUGUUCUUCGCGGUGAAUUGCCGAGGGCGAUUCCCGCACCUCCCGAAAGAGUAUCUCGGCACUCCCGCUGCAUGGGCGAUGGCGUCGGCGAAGUGUGGCGAGAUGGAAUCGCUGGGAAUGAUCUCCUCGCUCAUCAAGAAGACGAUCAGGGAGUUUAGCGAGGAGAGCUGGGGCGUGUCGGCGGGGUUUCUCGAGCACUACGCGGGUGGAGAGUCGAGCGACAAGGCGGUGCUUGAUAUGAGGCCGGACAGGGACUUGUACAUUGGGAGCUCGUUCUAUUUCCCGGUCUUCCACGAGUUCUCGUGGGGGACCCCGUGCGAGAUGGCCAUGGCGCAAGCUCCAGCGAAUGGGCGAAUGUAUUACUUCCCGGGCAAAGAGAAAGGCAGCGUGGAUCUCUACAUCACGCUGCAACACCAGGCAAUGGACAAGCUCGAGAACGACGCAUCUUUCUGCGACAUGCAGGCGAGCUAA